AAUGGCACGCCAUUUGUUUGGGCAACUGUGAAUGUGGUGCACGACUUUGCAUGCAGGGAACAUUAUUAAUUAAAUAAUUAAAUUCGAAAGCAAAGACAUGAGGAGAUAAACUAAAGAAAAAGGGAAAAAGAAAAGAAUAAAGGGAAAGAAAAAGUAUUAUGCGUCCAAGCUUGGAUUGCAUUAACAAUUAUCGUCCUCCAAAGCUGCGAAUCAUAUACGACUUUUUUGUUUAAAGUUUCAACUUCAACACACCUUUCUUUACACUCAUGGGUUUUCUCGCCCCAUUUUUCCUCUCUGCUCCCAUUCCCUUUCUUUUCAUUUCAAUUCAAUUUCUCUUACCAAACCCAACUCAAUAAUGGGUUAUCUCUUUUGCAAUGCCGAUUCUGCCAUUGCUACAUGCGAUCCCCAUUAUUGGGAUCUCAACAAAAGAAAAAACAAAUCAAUACCAAUAACCCGUACCCACACUAUCACAGAGUUUCUCUACACCGACAUCGUCACCGCCACAAACGCUUUCUCCGCCGAAAGCUACUUAGGUAAAGGCAGCCAUGGCAGAGUCUACAGAGCUACCUUAAACACCGUCAAAGGCAACGGAAACCUCGUCGUCGCCGUUAAAACAACAAAGCUAACCAGCAAAAACAAACAUAACCACGCAAAUGCUAAAAACUGCACCGGUUGCGGUAACUGUACGAGUCCGGUAGAGAACGAGAUCGAGAUUCUCUCGCAAGUUCCAAGUCCUCGCCUCGUUAACAUAAUAGGUUACUGUACCGACCCAAACGACAAUAAAUUAAUUGUCGUUGAAUACAUGCCAAACGGUUCGCUUCACGAUCUUUUACAUUCAACCACUAGACCGCCCGGUUGGACCAGACGGAUCCGGUUCGCUUUACAAGUUGCAAAAGCGGUUCGAACCUUACACGCUUCUAAUCCUCCCGUGAUUCACCGUGACAUUAAAUCCUCUAACGUUUUGAUCGAUAGGGAUUGGAAAGCGAGAGUCGGUGACUUUGGUCUCGCACUAAGGGGACACGUGGAGGAUGUUCGCGUUAAGUGUACGCCACCCGCGGGUACUUUAGGGUAUCUCGAUCCUUGCUAUCUUGCGCCGGGGGAUCUUAGUGCUAAGAGUGAUGUGUUCAGUUUUGGGAUUCUGUUGUUGGAGAUAAUCAGUGGAAGGAAUGCUAUUGAUGUUAAUUACAGUCCUCCUUCGGUGGUUGAUUGGGCGGUUCCUCUUAUCAGGCGAGGGGAUUUUGCCGGAUUAUGUGACCGCAGGAUUGGAACGCCGUUGGAUCAAACAGUGUUGCGGCUGUUGGCGGUGCUUGCAGCAAGAUGCGUGAGAUCUACGGCGGAGAAACGGCCGGGGAUGGUAGAGGUUGUGGAGUGUAUUAAACUGGCGAGGAAGAGGAUUUCGGAAUCUCCGUUAUGGAGGAGUCUGAGGCGGCGCGUGGCGCGUGUGGAGAGUGCACAACCGUUGAUGAAGUGGGAAGCGUAUGAUUGUGAUUAUGACUAUAAUAAUACUAAUAAUAAUUAUGAUUGUGAUUGGGAAAGGAAUGAAGAAGUUGUGAAGAUAGUAAAGAGUGGGAGCAGUAGUAGAAGGAAGAGUAAAGUAUCGAGUGUGGCGGGUGUAGAGUAUGAGAAUAAACCCUCAAAGUUAAAGUCAAAGUCAAAUAAAGGAGCGAGAUCUAAGUCGUCGAAGAAAGUAGCGAGAUCCAAGACCAUUGGUUCUGUUUCUGGUUGUGUUGGUAGUAGGAGGAGUGGGAUUCAAAUGGUUUCGGAGAAAACGGGAGGAGUGAGGCUAAAAAAGUCAAAGUCAAUGGGGGUGUUGCAAGGCCCUGUUCUUUUGCAUCAUGAUGCAAUUAAUUGGUGUGAUGAGAGUGAGACGAUGGCAAUGUCGAAGUUGGUGAUUUCAGAACAUAAGAAGUUGGAGAAAAAAAUGCUUGAAAAGCCGUUGGUUCACUCGUAUGGUUGGGAAUCUGAAUAAACAAAAAUGGUUUCUGAACAUGCAAUCCAUGUGACGAGGCACGGAAUCCAAUUUCCAUUAAGCUGGAUGAUUAGUCUGGUAACACUAACACCAAAACAGUUGGGAGUAAGUUAACUACCCUUGCAAAAGAUAUAGACCAGCCUGUUGGGGGUGGGUCUCAACUUGCGAUCGUUAAGCAGUGCCAGUGAUCAAACGGAUAAUCAUGCUUACUCUCACAAUCUCUUCCGGGAAAAGGGGAAGUAUUUGUGUUUGUUGUUUAACACUAAUUAAAUUAUUCCAUGCAUUCCAAUUUGCUAAUUUUAAUAUUUUAUCUUUUUUAUAAAAUAACAUCAUGUAUUUUAGAAAUUCAGUUAUACGUUUGUUUCUCAAAUACUCUUUAAACUAUUUACUCCUAUGCUCUUUGUACUAGCUCAGUAUUCAAGCAAAAUAAAUAUAAAAAAAAUUGACUAA